AAAAAAACAUCAAACCGGAACUUUCUUCCACCGGCCUUGCUCCCAGCAUCUCCUGCUGCUUGGUUUGUCCUCAGUUGACGAUUCCAUCCAACUGAUACCACUGUCUUGGGCCCCCCGCGUUCUAUACACAGCCAGCUAUUUUUGGUUCAUUCCGAACCCCCCCACCUUUAACCACGGCCCGCAAGCAUCACAACCAGUCGGUGUGGACCAGGCUACAAUCUAAGCUGGGACAACACAGCAGAAAGACAGGGAUGGAGGGGAUCACAAAACAGACCAGCAAUGUCACUCUGGACGCAUUGCAACCCGUGACCAAAGCGCAGACCGGGCCCAUCUUUUCACCUCCGGUCCUCACAUAUCUGGACAAAAUCUACAGCUCGUUGACUUCAUUGUCCCAGCCAGACUUUGUCACGGAGAUUCAACAUGAGACUCGCACGCAAGAUGCAAGCGGCAACGAAGGCGCGAAUCCCCUGGCAUCCUUGCCAGCAUUCUAUGCUUACAUGGCUAGUCCCGCGGCCUCUGCAUUGAAGCCGGUCGAUCGGCCUGAUCUCUCGGCUCCAAUCACCGACUACUAUAUCUCCUCCAGUCACAAUACGUACCUGACAGGCAACCAGCUUUAUAGCGACUCGGAUGCGAGUGCCUAUUCUGAUGUGUUGCUUCGCGGAGGAAGAUGUGUCGAGAUAGACAUCUGGGACGGAAAAGGCAGCUCCGAAAGCUCGCAGGAUGAAGACGCCAGUAGCAGCAGUAGCAGCAGCAGUAGUAGCGAUGACUCGAGCUCUGAUGAAGGCGCUGAUAGGCCCCAGAUGCCUCGCCGUCGCAAGUCAAAGAUGGAGAGACUCAGAAAAGCGACAGAGAGCCACCCGCGUCUUCACGCGAUCUCCGAGGAAGUGGGAAAACUGGAGGGCUUCUUGGGCCAUCAUCGAUCGUCGUCUGGAAGUAAACCUCCAACGACGGAAAACCCGCCCGAAGAAACAGCUCAGAUUUCUACACGUCCAGAGCCGCGGGUGCUACACGGCCACACCCUCACCAAGGAGGCCAGUUUUCGGGAUGUAUGCUACGCCAUCCGCGAUAGCGCGUUUGUGACCAGCGACCUACCGGUGAUUGUGAGCCUCGAGGUGCAUGCCUGUCAUGAACAGCAGCACACUAUGGUGGAGAUUAUGGAAGAGGCGUGGAAGGGGAUGUUGAUCGAAGUGACGCCGGAGAUCGAAGCGACCAAGACACCGCCUCCUCUAGAGAAGCUGAAGCGGAAAAUCCUCAUCAAGGUGAAAUACGUCGCCCCAGACAGCGUGGGCAAGAACGAGGACCCGGAAGAAGAGGAGAAGCAAGUGUAUUUGAAGCAUGUUCAGACGCUCAGACAGCAAGGCACACCACAAGGCCCCGCGAGCACGUCUUUUGAGACGCCUGAAGCCCCUGCUUCGGCUCCCCACAAACCGUCGAAAAUCGUGCAUGCUCUGAGCAAGCUGGCUGUUUUCACCAAAGGUUUUCACUUUAAGGACUUUAAGCAGCCAGAGGCCAAAGUACCGAGUCACGUCUUCUCGCUCUCGGAGAAUGCAGUACGCGAGGCGCAUAUCAAGGACCCCAAUGCGCUAUUCGAGCACAACCGCCACUUCUUUAUGCGCGUGUACCCCAAGGGGCUACGUCUCGGCUCCUCUAAUAUGGACCCCGGUUUCUUCUGGCGGCGCGGAGCCCAAAUGGUGGCACUGAAUUGGCAGAAUCUCGACAAGGGAAUGAUGCUCAAUCAUGGGAUGUUUGCAGGCGAGCACGGCUGGGUGCUCAAGCCCUCAGGGUAUCGAAGCUCUGACGCAGACUCGACUAUUGUCCAACGACGUCAGCUCAACCUGUCCAUUGAAUUCAUCGCCGGUCAGAACCUGCCACUGCCGCCAGGUCAGACGAGCGGGAAGAAGUUCCAUCCCUAUGUGUCUUGUAUUCUCCAUCUUGAUACUCCUGACGAUGACUCUGGGGACUCCGCGAGCGAUGAUGAAUCAGACUCUGAAAAAGCCGGCUACAAGCGAACCACUAAAAGUGCCACGGGGUCGAAUCCAGAUUUUGAGGGCCAGAAGAUCGAGUUUCCUCCCAUACCCAACGUCGUGGAGGAUCUCAGCUUUGUCAGGUUCAAAAUCAAGGAUGACGAAUUCUUCCGUGAUUCGCUUGCUGGGUGGGCGUGCAUACGACUCAGCAGACUGCAGCGCGGCUACCGGUUUGUUCGUAUAUAUGAUCGCGAGGGCGUGGAUACUGGGGGUGUUCUGCUGGUCCGGAUCACGAAGACCAUGACUUGAAAAGAUCAGUGUUCUGUCCUCUGGUGUGGAGUUAGGAAUGUGAAUUGAGUUUAUGCCCAUGCUCAUGCGCUGACAGCAGGUCACACGCAAAGCGCUGCAUAGUGUAAUUUGAAGAGACACUGUUGAUCCGUAAACUUCAGCUUUUCAUGAAAGAAAACGGGGUUGGGAGGGGAGGUAUAUAGCCUUUUGGAGCCUUCUAUUCUGCGUAAACUGUGCA